AGAAUUAAGAAUGAACAUUGACUGUAAGAUCUUACACUCGAGGCCAUGAAAAAAAAAGUAGAAUAUUUAUUUAUUAAUUUAGUCCAAUCAGAAGUCACAACAAAUCACAAUAAACAGUUCAAUGAGUUCAAUUCAAACUCAAAUACGAAAAUGCAAGAUACUUCACACGUUUAGGCUAUAAAAUAUUUUUAAUUUCAUUAGUGGAAGUCAUGGAAGAAUUAGAUGAAUCAUUCUCAAGUACUUCCAGUAGUGACGAGGAAGACUCUUCUUCUGAUGAUACUUUGAAAAUUGAUAUAGAAAGUCCCAAAAAGAUAAAACCACCAGUGGUUCUUAGUGAAGACGAAAGGAUUUUUAUCGAGAGUAUUGAAGAUGAAAUCGAAAGACGUCUUGAAGAGAAAGCUGCUAAAACAAAGCUAAAUGUAGUGAAUGUGAAAAACAUAAUUAAACAAGUUGUCACUAAUGAAUAUGUGUUGGCUCUGGUAAAAAGAGCCGAAAAUCCUAGUACCUGUGAGGAGCCUGUUUCUGAUUUCGAACCGAAGUUGACAAGAGCAAAAGCAAAGGAACUGUCGGUACCAUUUCCUCUAGCAGCAUGGGAGUCACCUGAAGAUACUUCUGAUAAUUCUGAAGUUCAGGUUUUGCUGACGGAAGAUUUACAGGAAGAUGAUUCUGGUGAAGAGUAUGUUCCAGGGGAUGAAGUAGCAGGGAGUGAAGAAGAUGGUGAGAGUAUUACAUUCAGUAAUCCACCUUCCGUGGAGCCACUCCCUACACCUACCCCACCUCCGGCACCUACCCCACCUCCGGCACCUACCCCACCUCCGGCACCUACCCCACCUCUGGCACCUAUCCUACCUCCGGCACCUACCACACCUCUGGCACCUACCCCACCUCUGGCACCUACCCUACCUUCGGCACCUACCCUACCUCCGGCACCUACCCUACCUCCGGCACCUACCACACCUCUGGCACCUACUCCACCUCCGGCACCUACCCCACCUCCGGCACCUACUCCACCUCCGGUACCUACUCUACCUCCGGCACCUACUCCACCUCCAAUACUUACCCCAUCUCUGGUUUCUACCAGCAAAACUUCUGAGACUAAUUGGACGGAUGAUGGUAUUUUUAAAAUCCCUUGGACCAAAGACAAAGAAGAAUCUACUGAUGCAACAACAAUUGCCAAGCGUACUAGGUCACAGCUUUCCUUGAGUUCCACUCCACUAGAAGUUAUAGAAGAAGCUUUUGUACCUCCUGAUAUAACUCCAGAUAUGUAUGAUAUGCACUGCGACAAUGAUGAUUGGUUGGAGUUUAUAAAACAGUUUGCCAGACCUAUGGAAGAGGUCAGGGACGAGUUCAGAGAUGAGGAUCAAGACCCUGAUUUUAAUAUACUAGCUGACGAAGAUAUUGACAAAAGGGAUAAGGAUGAAUUUCGGGUAGAUAAAGCCGUAAAAAUCUCUAGACGGGAAAUGAAUAAACUUAUAGCAGAACUUUUUGAGAGUGUUGACCUCUACACAGGUGAUCAGAGCCAAACUGAUCAAGUCGAGGAAGAGGAAGAAAUAAAUAUUGAAGAUGCGUCAGAAGAAGGUCAACCAACUUUAUUUUUAAGUGAAAGUGAUAUACCUUUAUUGGAGCUGAUCGAGCAGCAAAUGAGACAGCAUGUUCAGUUGCUCACACAAAACUUUAUAUUGACUUAUGACCAUCCAGAGUUACAUCAUUAUUCAUUGCAAAUGAAGGAAUACUUGUUGAAUUUGAAAUUCCUUGCUGAAGGUAAAAAGAGGUCUAUGUUUUAUACAUCAAAUUUAACGGAUGCUCUGAAACUUGUGGAAUACUGGGAAAACCUACUUGCUACAGAUAUCAAAAAAGUGAGAGAUAUGAAAGAGCACGUUGUGAAGUCCAUAGAACAAUCUAUCCACGCCCAUAAGACUCACAAUUCCUUCAUUGUGACUUUCCCAGAUCUCAUAUUUGAGACGAUUUCAAAAAGCAGUGUAUUUAUGUAUCCGUGGUUGUUGCCGAAAAUCCCUUUUAAGACUCCUAAGCUUUGUCUACCUGUUUCAAAGUUUUUCACGGACUCGGAAGAUCAAAUAUUACACAACAAACACCUUUCAUUGUUUCUCCUGUUGUAGUAACGAACCGCCAUAGUGUAAUUGCAAACAAGAAUCAUUCAUCAAAACAAACAUCUAUUUUAUUUUCGAACCCCCAGGACAUUGUUCCAAUACAUGUAGUGCAGGUGGUUGAUUCGUAUUCACGUCCAAUUCUUCCCAAAGGAAUUAUCACCAUAGAUACUAUUCAAGCCACAGUUGUGCCCCAAUCCAAAAAACGAAAGAAGCUGAAUGAUAAGAAGCAGAAAAAUUCUGUGGCUUCAACCAAUGCAAACAAACGUAAAUGUGCAAAUAAUAAUAAAGGUGAUCCAAUAUCUAACUUUGUUAAAUGUUUGUGUAAGUCUUUAGACAUUGAAAAAAUUGGUUACCUGUACUCCAUUCGACUAAACUUGGAAGAGACAAAAGAUCAAGAAGUUGUGGUUGUAGAGGAUGAAGACAAUCAAAUUAUUGUAGAAACCAAUGGCACAUUCAAAGUGAACAGUCUAGAGCCUUCAGCUGAUUCGACCUUGUUGCCUAGCAUGCCAAAUAUACUCACUUCUGUCAAAAUUGAUCUCGACAAUGAAGGAGAAACCUGCGAAGUGGAUAAGAAACCUGUACUACAGGUUUCUGAGAAAAGAAAUGUAUCCCUAGAAUUUUCUACUAUAAGUAGCUCUAGUUUUCAACAGCCCAAUACGAGUACGGAAGUGGAAUUUUGUUCUCAAGAAAGUUCAACUGCCUGCAAUAUUAAUCAGAAUAUAGACAUCAAUCAGAUGGAGAUUGAUGUCAAACCUGUACAGUUAAUAGAAACCGUUUACAAUACUGAUGACUACUGUUUGAAGGAUAAUAUAGAUGAUAUCAAUGCAUUGAUGUCAGCUAGUGCAAGUACAACAAGCAAACCAUUGGUGAAAAAAGAACCAUCGGGAGCUGAGAAAAGAAGAGCCAAAAGAAAAAGGGAAUUUUUGAGUAAUCUUUCAGUUUCCACUCCGGAAGAUCGCGAAACAGAGAAACAAAAGAACGAGUUAUUUGCUUUGUCUUACUAUGACAAGAUGAGAGAAACCCUCGAACUACAAGACUACCACAAAAUCAUUCAGAUCCUGAAUAAUUACGAGGAAGGAGAUGGAGUGGAACUUUACAAGCAAGUCGAAGUAGUUCUCAGGCCCAAAUACAUUGAGCUCGCCGACGAAUUUCUCUUGUUCUUACGAGAGAAGGAAGCCGCCGCCGUCGAUCGGCUCAUACCAUGGAUACGCAUGAACAACAGGUCUAAGUUUUUGAGGAAGUUGGAAAUUUAUUUCAAGGAUUAUCCCGCUCAGUUGAAGAGAAUCUACAAGUGUUUGGCAGAACUGUCACAGACCGCUGAUAUUUCCACAGAGACCAUCAAGAGUACUUUGCUACCAAUGUUCAAGGGCAACGACGUGUUGAGUGAUUUGUUUUUGCAAAACUUUCUGGAAGAACCCCCUCCACCAAGUUUGAUGGAAGGAGCUUAUGAGGAAAUGGACAUCGCCAAAGAAAUGUCAAGAAAUGAUGAUGAGGAACCGUUUGAAACUAUCACGGUACCUCACAGCGAAGACAAAUACGGCAGCCAGUCUUGUAUUUGUGCCUGCCAUAAAAUUGAAGAUUCUGAGUUUCAGUCGAGAUAUCGGCAUUGUACCAAAUGUGGAACCAGGUUUAUAAAUGGAAGGGUGUACUUACAAACUGGCAAAGGACCACGUCCAGCGACUGUGUCUUUCCUCAACAGUUCCAACACAGACCAGAACACAAGGUUGAUGGGAAAAUCAUCACCCAGUUUGAAUCAAAAAAAGAAGAGAUCUGAUAGUAGUCCGUCUAAGCUGGUUUCAACUUAUCCUUCAAAGGAAAACUUAGACGAGGAAACCGAUGAAGAAGGAGAUGGUAAGAAAAAAGCAAAGAAAAAACCCCAAAAACGGACCUGUAAAUCUCCCGAGCCCAAGCGAAUUCGAAUAGGUAGUAUUUCCAAGAAAACCUCACCUCUUACUGAUCAAUCAAAAUCUACCGGGUCAAAUGUCAAGGACCUGAAACUGUGCGGGAGGAAAAGGACCAAUUCUAUUAAGAAGACACCAGAAAAGACCAGGGAAAAAGGUGAAGCUGAACAAGAAGAAGAAAGUAUUUCGACAAAGCCUGAUGAUAAUCCUGAUCAAAAGAGACUGCUGGAAGAGUCUUUGGAAUGGGGUGAUCAAAGCGCAGCCGGUGAAUCAUCUUGUGAUAUCAAGCCUGUAAGUCCGGAUCAACAAACUGCUGACUCUGAAAGUGAAUUUUGUGAGGAGUCGUCUCAGGAUAAUUGUGAGUCGGAUAGCAACUCAAGUGUAUCUUCUUCGAAUAAUGCAGAAGACAGUUAUACCAAGCUGCAAGAAGAGAACUCAUCUUGGAGUCGGGAGGAAGAUAAAGUUAUUUUAGAAGUGUUUCAGCAAGAGAACGAUAAAGACAGUGCUUUUCAAGUGAUUGCAUCACAAUUGUCAGAUCGAACUGUGGAAGAGAUAAAGUCUCGAUUCGAAACUCUCAUGAAGUUGCUGUUAGAAACCAUUGGAAAUUGAUAAUUCUAGUCUAUACUCGUCGAUUUUUUAAUUUGAUACUGUAUUUUAUGAUUGAAUUGAAAAAAUGUACAUAGAUUUUUAAUGUAAUUUGUUUUCUUUUUGUACAAUGUAUCCAGAAGCAGCAAUGUAUCCACCUCUUGAAAGAAAUCCAAUUUUUUGACAUUGUCAAUAAAAGUUAUGUUCAAAUGUCU